UUGUUAUGUUCAUCGAGUCUUACUUCAUUUCUUACUGGAAUGGGAAACCCAGAAAUUCCUUUUCCUCAGGGUUAACUAAUUCAGAUUUUUAAGACCUGCUUUCUGGAAUGUUGCUGCAAGUGAUUUUGUUAUUAUAUUGUGUUGGCUCUUUUGUUGCCCAUGUUGAGGGGAGAUCAAAGAAGUGUAAUUAUAUGGUAGUGGAUAAUUGCCUAUAGGCUUGUGCUUCCGUAGUUGCAGGGGCAGGACAUUUUUAAGUCCACUUGGCUGGGCUAGGUUGGGCAGGAACGCCCUUUCAUUUGCUUGAGGAACAGCUAUCCGGACAGUGUUGAGCUGAAAUGGUCACAGAAAGAAACACAACAGGUCAACUUUAAAGCUGAGGAUGAAUCUAAAAUGGAAUGCUUGUUCUAUCGUGGCUAUGUGGCUGCGUAUGGCCCAGGGCUUAUCGGUACACUUCACAAAUCCACAUCCAUUCCAUGUUGCUCUGGGUAGAGAGCUUGUACUGGAGGCUUUCAUAGAGAAGAUUCCUGUUGAAAAGAUCUUCAUGGUGGCGUGGGAGUGCAAUACUGCCGCAGGGUCCAGGAGACUGGCAACCUGGCAGGGUGACCCUGGUAAAACGCAAGGCCCCAGAAUCAGUAUAGAGAAGGAAGGAGCUACUCUGAAGAUCUCUGGUGUUCGGGACUCAGACUUUGGCCGCUACACCAUCACUGUCACAGACCAAGACGGGACACAAACAUUUUCGGAAAAAGACGUUAGCAAAAGCGAGGAGCCUCCAAAGGCGUCUGUUAAACUCCAGUGUGACGUGUCUGGUGAGAGAGCCCAGUGGGACAGUCCUGUGAUCACAUGGCUGGUUGACGGUGUGGAGGUGACCAAUGAGACAUCUAAUAUAUCUGAUGCAGGUAGCAAACUCCACCUGCAAGAGGCAAAAGGCCAUAACUACACCUGCAUCAGUAACAGCAGCUUGGGAAUCAGUGUGGCUCAUUUCAUCAUACCAGAGUAUGACAAACCACAACAUUGCACCGCGGCGAUCUCAAUCGUCUUAGGGGUUGUUUUGUCCAUUGUGCUGCUUGCAAUAGGGAUACUUUGGUAUCGGUCUAGGAGACGAAAACAACUGAUCUGAACCCACAACUUUUCUGGCUACUGCACCUUCACUAUAGCACUAUACAGCAGGACAUUACAGGGUCUGUGUUUACCUCAAGUGACUAAAACUAUUCUAAAAGUUUAUCAAUUAUUGUUAAUAACUAACUAACUUCUAUUAAAGUCAUAUUUCUGGGA